CUCUCACCACCAAGUUUUGGCUGGAUGAGACGAAACAGCCAUAAUUUUCCUCUGCUACAUUAACUUGUAGAGCAAUUAUAUCCAAGCUUACAAUUUGCGAGCAUAUUGGUUUUGACUACCUUUGCUUUCCCACAUCCUCACUUCCAAGUCAAGACCGCGAACGCUUCAGAAGCCGCCGUUCAUACAAAAAAAGAGCAAAUCCGCACGAGGUGCCGUUUGGCCCUCUAAGACUUUUAUUUUUUGUUCCCCUUUACUUUUGAAAAGAAGUUAUGGCCGAAACAAUGGACAGCCCUCUAUCCGUCCUAACGCCGUCUAAGCGGAAUUCUCGUCCUCCUUUUUCUCCCAGCGCACAUACUCCGCGAAUGCCGGGUUCCCCGGCUAUCAAAGCCUCAACGAUUGAUAAUGUCGCCAACACUCCUUCAAUGAAAAGCCCACUUUACAGCGAUGAGAACAGGCGUCCUUCGACAUACGACGAUUCCACGGUUCCUUUGGAAUACGGUGAUGUCGGCGUUGGCCACGGCGGGGAUAGCCCUUCUAACGCUGGACACGACGGCCCUGCAAGUUCCCCAUUUCGGUCGACUGUGCUCAGUGACCACACGCCUCUCUUUCGAGAAGCUGAACCAGGGAAUUUUGGUAUGGAUGAGCCGUAUGAAGAGAAGUUGGAUAGUCGGGAGCUUAUGCAUGGUGUCGAGGAAGAGAGGGAAGAGAGUUUACAUGGAGAGGGUGAACUUCCUGCCAUCAAAGAAGAUGUUAUGGACGAUGGCGACGAUACCCAGCCGCCUAUUGAGAGUCGCAAUCAAGAGACAUACGAAACAGAAACUGAUACGAGUAUGCUCAACCCACAUGGCAACCGCAAUAAUUACGGGGAGGAAUCCAACAUCACAACACAGGAGAAGAAUAACGAAAGUAUGAGCACUAUCUACCAAGGUGGCUUAAGUGAUAAUGACGGCAUGGCGGACAGCCAUGGUGGGAACGAGCACCACGCCUCUUGUGAUCAGGACGAUACAUGCCUAAGCACCUUCUCUGCUCUUCCUAAUUUAGAUAUGACUAGCUUUGCUCAACUCAGACGAGACUCGCCAAUGAAGCGGGUAAGAGAAGGAUCCGUUAGCCCGCAGAAAAAUGUGCGCGUCGCCAGAUGUCCCGACGACAUGCCCGACACCCCUAACACAAUCAAGAGGAGAGGCAUCUUUUCGGAGCAAGAUGGAGGAACACCAACACCUAGACGAAACUACACCCGUCGCGAUAGCCAUAUGAGCUUUACCGAAUUUACAGACCAGAUCCAUGCAUUUUCUCGCGCUUCAUAUGCCGCACAGGGCGGUUACCACUCUCCAGCUCGACGACAGUCUCGAUUUUCCCCAGGAAAAUCUACCGCCUCUGGAUUUCGCUCCCCGUCAAAAUUUUCUUUGCUGGACUUAGACAUCCCCCCUGCUCCCACUCCUCGGUCUAUUCCAAGCAUUACUCCUAGAGAGCUAGAAUCCUUGAAGUCUUCUUUCCUUUCGGAAAUAUCUUCUCUGAAAGCUACACUUAGUGGGAGAGAUGCCGAAGUUAAGUGUUUAAAAGAGUCAGUUUCGGAUGCGGAACGCAGAGUUGGGGAAGUAUCCGAGGAAUUGCGAAACGAGUGUGCCCGGAGAGAAACCGAACAACAGGAAUGGGAUCGAAGAGGGAAGGAGAUGGAAUCAGUCUUGAGAAGCGUUAGGGAUGAAAUCGUUGAUGCAGAGCGUGAGCGUGAGAGGCUGAACAUGAAAAUCGAGGAAGGAGAAAAAUGCAAGGAGAAAUUGGAAGGCAAAAUUGUGGAGCUGGAGAGCCAACUUUCCGCCGCCAGAAAUGCAACAAAUUCUCCUCCUACUGAGGCUGAUAAGAAAUCCGCUGAAGAAACAGCCAGAGAAAUCCAGGAUGCUGUUGAAAAGGUUGCUCGUGAAUUACAUACACUUUACAAAGGAAAGCAUGAGACUAAAGUCGCUGCUCUAAAAAAGAGUUAUGAAGCACGAUGGGAGAAGCGUGUUAGGGAAGCAGAGAGGAAAUUGAAGGAUGCAUUGGAGGAGAACGACCGCUUGAGGGCAGAAAAGGACUCCAACAUUUCUGGUGGGGAAGGUGGAUUCUGCGGAGAGGCUACAUUUAUUCGAGAGACCGAAUCGCUUGAGGCAGACAAGCGGGUUCUUGAAGCUCAUGUCAAGGGCUUAGAACAGGAGAUCAUAUCUAUUAAACGUGACAGUGAAGCCCUUCGAUCUGAACUAAAACAGGAACGUGCAGAAAAGGGUGAACUUGUUGCAGCCGUUGAUGAGUGGCUUGCAAUCCAGCAAUAUCAAAACCAGCAGCAACUGCACAACCACCAUGACCGCGAUGAUGAGCAGCGGCAGCAAGAGCAAGCGGAGGAAGAUCAGAUGAUCCAAGAAGAGCAGGCAGAACUACAGCGACAACUGCAACAACAGCAACCCAGACGAAAACUUCCCGAACCACCUACUUACCGCCAGCGUUCCUUUUCCGAAGAUGAGCCACCCACCACACGAUUCGAUAAUAGCAUCGGAAAACCAACGCAAAAUCUAGAAAACGACGCUAUCCCUAGCGGCAAUAGUAACAUUGGCCGUAUCCAAACUUCUUCAUCCUCAUCUGCCAUUCGACCACCCGGCGGUCCAACUCCUAAGGCUCCGAGGUUUGGAAUGCCUGCUCCCAGCCAUUCUAGAGGAAAUAGUGGGAGCGGGAAGUCUAUUAGUUCCGGGUUGCCGACGAGUAGUGGUGGGAUGUCUGCAGCCGCGGCGGGGAGGAGUGGGAUUAUGAGCUCGAUUGAGAGAAUGGGAAGAGGUGGGGGCGCGGUCUGAGGAUUUUUUCUUUUUCUUUUCUUUUUCUUUUUUACAGAGCUGCUGUGUGGAUGGGGAAAUGGAGUGGAUGUAGAUGGCAGGGAGGUGGAUCCUGUUGGGAGUUUUCAUCGUUUCUUUUCUCAUUUUCAUUUCCCCUUAUAUAUUAUUUCUAUGUUUAUCUUUAUGCCGUUGUUUAUGUUUUAUGAUUUUCUUUGUUUUAAUGAGAAAUGCUGAUGAAUGUUGUGAUGUUUUACUUGGUCUGUUUAUGUAGAUGUAUGAUCUGACCAGAGAGAAAGAGAUGGUACAAUGAAUGUUUUCAUUGCUUUGCUUUGCUUUUCUUUUCAUUCUGAUUUCUUGUUCAAUGAUUGCCUCAUUCCCAUGUCGCGGGAUGUGAUGUAUAUGGUUUUCGUCGAGGAUUGCAGGUCGAUGGUUUUAUGCUAUGUAGUGUAAUUGACUACAGCGGGAAAUAACGGGUAUCAGAGGUAUUUUCAUUCUUGUUAUUGUUUUCUUUUGCACAUUGUGAGAGAGAGAGAGGUGGAGCAUCGUGAGUAUUCAUUUUUACCAUUUGGAUUGCUACUUGCAAGUACAUUUUUGAUUUUUCAAAAAGUGCAGGAUAGGGGGUGUUCAAAAUGAAAUUAGAAAAAUUCAAAAGGGUAUAAUGUAAUUAAAUAGAGAUGUGCUAGGACAUUUGACGAUGUAUGUGAGUGGAGAAGGGUCAAAUAAUGGAUAGAUCAGAGAAGGGAAACAGGGAGGAGCAUUAAAGAUAAAAUUACGGUGGUGGUGCUGAUCUAAUCCACGAGAAGCGCUGAAUACCCAUGGAUAGUCCUACAUCUUGCCUUUUUCCGGCUUCUUUUG